UGAAAGGCAUAAGAUUGAGCCAGGUUAUAUAUAUAUGAGUCUAUUGUUUAGUUUAUAGACUCAUAAAAACUAGACUCAAACUUACCUAUUGAAAGUUCAUAGAAGCCAAAAUCAUUGAAGAUUUUAGCCCUUGUAGGUUUUUAGAAAUUUUGUUAUCUUACCUUUUAGAGCAUGGUGGGAAGCAUAAUGGGAAUGGUUCGUAAUAAUACAUACUCAAAUGAAUCUGUUCAGAAUGGCAAUGGGUUAGAGGAGAAGCUUGAUGAUCUGAGAAGCCUUGUUGGCAAGGGUGAUGGUGAUCCUUUGAGAAUUGUUAGUGUUGGUGCUGGUGCUUGGGGUAGUGUUUUUGCAUCUUUGUUACAAGAUACUUAUGGCCAAUUCAGGGACAAGAUACAAAUCAGGAUAUGGAGAAGAACAGGAAGAAGAGUUGAUAGAGCCACUGCUGAACAUCUCUUUGAAGUUAUCAACUCUAGAGAGGAUGUGUUGAGGAGGUUGAUUCGUCGUUGUGCUUAUCUGAAAUAUGUUGAGGCAAGGCUUGGUGAUAGGACCCUUUUUGCUGAUGAGAUUCUGAAAGAUGGGUUUUGCUUGAAUAUGAUUGAUACUCCACUUUGUCCAUUGAAAGUUGUUACAAACUUGCAGGAAGCUGUUUGGGAUGCUGAUAUUGUGGUUAAUGGUUUGCCUUCAACUGAAACACGUGAGAUUUUUGAAGAGAUUAGUAAAUAUUGGAAGGAGAGGAUCACAGUGCCUAUAAUAAUCUCUUUAUCAAAGGGUAUAGAGGCUGCAUUGGAGCCUGUUCCCCAUAUUAUAACUCCCACAAAAAUGAUUAACCAAGCAACUGGAGUGCCCUUGGAGAACAUACUUUAUCUCGGUGGUCCAAAUAUUGCAUCAGAAAUCUACAACAAGGAGUAUGCCAAUGCUAGAAUAUGUGGAGAUGAGAAAUGGAGGAAACAUCUGGCAAAGUUUCUACGACAACCACAGUUUAUUGUCUGGGACAACAGUGACCUUGUCACUCAUGAGGUCAUGGGUGGUUUGAAAAAUGUCUAUGCAAUUGGAGCAGUAUAUAUCCUGUUUUCCUUUUUUAUGCUGUCAGGAAUGGUAGCAGCCCUUACCAAUGAGAGUGCUACCAGCAAAUCUGUAUACUUUGCACACUGCACGUCAGAGAUGAUAUUUAUCACUCACUUGUUGGCCGAAGAACCUGAGAAACUUGCAGGGCCAUUGCUGGCUGACACUUAUGUGACCUUGUUAAAAGGCCGCAAUGCAUGGUAUGGCCAGAUGUUAGCUAAGGGUCAACUAAGUCCUGACAUGGGUGACAGCAUUAGUGGCAAGGGAAUGAUUCAGGGUGUUUCUGCAGUGGAAGCAUUCUUUGAACUUUUGAGCCAAUCAAGCCUGAAUGUGUUGCAUCCUGAAGAAAACAAGCCUGUUGCUCCUGUAGAGCUCUGCCCCAUCUUGAAGACACUCUACAAAAUAUUGAUAUCCAGGGAACAAUCAUCACAGGCUAUUCUAAAAGCUCUGAGGGAUGAAAAUCUGAAUGAUCCUCGUGAACGCAUUGAGAUUGCACAAAGCCAUGUUUUCUUCAAGCCUUCACUUCUUGGACAACAGUGAUUGUUUUCUCAUGGCAAAAACAAAUGUGGAUGUAACCAUAUACAGAGAAGCAUUUGUCAAAGGGAACAUUUUAAUGAGCAUAAAUAUAUUAUUUUCUGAUGGAUUUUUUGUAUUACAUUAUUGUAUAUAUAUAAUAUAUACGUCAAAAUAUAAGCCUCUAAGCAAUUGGACUGAUGAUUCCACAAAAAACUGCACCAGAUCCAAUGGAACUUAAUUAUUUUGUUUGGACUUAUAUAUUGUAAAGGAUU